GGUAAUGUUUUAAUGUGUUUAAAAGACACUUGUGGCUAUCAAAAAGAUCGUUUUUUUAGUCAACUGUUUCAGGAGGUGUCUGCUUAUCAGUUGUCUCAAACAGCCGGGAUAGCUGGCGUCAUAAUUAAAGUGAUUUCUUUGGGGACAUUCUGACAAACAGACAAAGGGAUGUAAAGAUCACCGGAGAAGGACGGCAAGUUCUUUGGCUGCGCCUCGCUGACACGCGGUCCCUGGAGGUUCGUUGGAGCGUGGUCUUGCUGGUGCGCCCCCGUGAGGGAUGGGAACGUGCUCGCGCAAGAGAUGGACUCUUUGCAGCUUCGCUAAAGGUCACGGUCCUCUUAAGGUCAUGUCAUGGCCCGUGGCUCUCGGGCUACUGACUCUCAUCUUCGUGAAUCAAAGGACAUCCGCCGGGCAGAUUAUGAACAGCUUCCAGUCGGAGCGGAGGGAUUGGCCGCUGAACCACCUCACCGUGCACCAGUCCACCGAGGCGCUCUACGUGGGCGCCGUAAACAGGAUAUACAAGCUGUCCGCCAACCUCACACUCCUGGUGUCCCAUGACACGGGGCCCGAGUAUGACAACAAAGCGUGCUACCCUCCCCUGAUCGUGCAGCCCUGCUCGGAGCCCCUGGCCUCCACAGACAACGUAAACAAGCUGCUGCUCAUCGAGUACUCCCACAACCGCCUCCUGGCAUGCGGCAGCCUCUACCAGGGUGUCUGCAAGCUCAUGAGGCUGGACGACUUGUUCAUCCUCGGGGAGCCCACUCACAAGAAAGAACAUUACCUGUCCAGCGAUACCCUGAAAGGGACCAUGUACGGGGUGGUGGUGCCCUCCCUGGGUCAGGACGCCACGCUGUACAUCGGGACUGCAGUCGGCGGCAAGCAGGACUACUUCCCAACUAUCUCCAGCCGCAAGUUGCCUCGAGACCCGGAAUCUUCUGCCAUGCUGGACUAUGAGCUUCACACAGACUUUGUCUCGUCGCUCAUCAAAAUCCCAUCAGACACCCUGGCUCUUGUCCCGCACUUUGACAUCUACUACAUCUACGGUUUCGCUAGCGGCAACUUUGUCUACUUCAUGACCGUCCAGCCAGAGACGCCGGAGAACGGGAUGCCGGCCGGGGGAUCCCCUGGUGAUCUCUUCUACACCUCCCGAAUCAUCCGCCUCUGCAAAGGUGACAAGAAGUUCCACUCCUACGUGUCACUUCCGGUGGGCUGCGUCCACCGAGGCGAGGAGUACCGUCUGCUGCAGGCCGCCUACCUGUCCAAAGCCGGCAGGGUUCUGGCAAAAGAGCUCAACAUCAGCGCCCAGGAUGACGUGCUUUAUGCGGUGUUCUCCAAAGGCCAGAAGCAGUAUCACGACCCUUCCGAUCACUCAGCCCUCUGUGUCUUCACCAUCCAAGACAUCAACAUGCGCAUCAAGGAGAGGCUGCAGUCUUGCUACCAAGGGGAAGGACACUUGGAGCUGCACUGGCUGCUGGGAAAAGAUGUGCAGUGCACCAAGGCGCCUGUCCCCAUUGACGAGCACUUCUGCGGCCUGGACAUCAACCAACCGCUGGGGGGUUCUCAGCUGGUGGCGGGACGCACCGUCUACACGGAGAGCCGAGAUCGACUAACCUCGGUCAUUUCCUACAGCUACAACGGACACAGCGUGGUUUUCAUGGGCACCAGGAACGGGCGGCUGAAGAAGAUCCGAGUGGACGGCCCGCUGGAUGGGGGAGUGCUGUACGAGACGGUGACCGUGGUCAAGGACAACAGCCCCGUCCUCCGGGAUAUGGCUUUCUCCCUGGACAAGAACUCUCUCUACGUCAUGUCCGACAAUCAGGUUGCCCAGGUCCCUGUGGAGGCCUGUGAGCAGCACGGUACAUGUGCCGAGUGUCUGAGCUCCGGGGACCCUCACUGUGGCUGGUGUGUCCUGUACAACAUGUGCUCCAGGAGGGAUCGCUGUCCGAGGGCGGACGAAGCCUACCGUUUCGCAACCGGCAUCGACCGCUGCGUGAAGGUCAUCGCUCACCCCGAUAGCAUUGCUGUGUCAGCACACAGCGUCCCGCUUCUGCUGGAGGUGAACAACGUUCCAGAUCUUUCCGCCGGCAUCACCUGUUCGUUUGGGGACCAGGCCCAGGUGGAGGGCCACGUCAACGGGAACAGGGUCAUGUGUCUGUCCCCAGCCGGAAAGGAGGUCCCUCUGAUACCGGAAGGACAAGACUGGGCCGGCGUGGAGCUGCGACUGAACUCCGAGGAGACGGGUCGAAUGGUCGCCAGCACGGAGGUGAAGUUCUACAACUGCAGCACACAUCAAAUGUGUCUGUCCUGUGUCAACAGCACGUUCCGCUGCCACUGGUGUAAAUAUCGCAACAUGUGCACCCAUGACCCGAGCAGCUGCUCCUUCCAGGAGGGCAGAGUCAAUGCCUCAGAGGACUGCCCUCAGCUACUCCACUCCGGGGAAAUUCUGGUUCCAGCGGGCGAAGUGCGGCCCAUCACCCUGAAGGCUCGAAAUCUCCCGCAGCCUCAGUCGGGCCAGCGGGGCUACGAGUGCGUGGUGAACGUGCAGGGCAUCAUCCACCGCGUCACGGCGCUGCGCUUCAACAGCACCAGCGUGCAGUGCCAGAACAGCUCGUACACGUACGAGGGCGUGAGGAUCAGCGACCUGGCGGUGGAGCUCGCCAUCGUGUGGAACGGCAACUUUAUCAUCGACAAUCCGGAGAGGAUUCAAGUGCACCUGUACAAGUGCAGCGCCCAGCGAGACAGCUGUGGCAUGUGCCUGCGAGCGGAGAAGAGGUUCCAGUGCGGCUGGUGCAGCAGCGAGGGGCGCUGCACCAUGAAGCAGCACUGCCCCCCCAUCUCACCGUACGCCAGCCGCUGGCUUGACCUCUCCGCCGCCAACGUCAGGUGCACCAACCCGCGCAUCACUGAGGUGAGUCCAGUUGCGGGGCCUCUGGAGGGCGGCACCCUGGUCACCAUCCAAGGCCUGAACCUGGGCCUGGCCUUCUCCGAGCUGGAGGGCAACGUGCAGGUGGCGGGAGUGCCCUGCCUUCCCCGGGAGGAGGGAUAUGUCACCGCCCAACAGAUCGUGUGCGAGAUGACGGCCGGCUCCAGAGGAAGUACACCGGGCCCGGUCAAGCUUUGUGUGGGGGAAUGCAGACCAGAACUUCGCGCACAAUCCUCCCAGCUAUACUCCUUUGUGACUCCUUCCAUGCUGGCGCUGACCCCGGGCAGAGGGCCUGAGUCUGGGGGCACCAAGGUCACCAUUGUCGGGGAUAACCUGGACGCUGGUAGUUCCGUCAAUGUUUACUUUGGGAAUCAAACCUGUGAGCUGUACGGGAGGACCACUUCGGAGAUUGUUUGCUUCUCAGCUCCAUCUGGGACUGGAGCAGGACCGGUGCAAGUCAGUCUGAGGGUGGACCGGGCAAAGGUUCCUGGCAGUCUGUCCUUCGAGUACAUAGAAGACCCCACCGUCCUGCGCAUCGAGCCCCUUUGGAGCAUUACGAGCGGCCACACCACGCUGACGGUGACCGGGACCAACCUGGAUGUCGUUCAGGAGCCGCGAAUCAGAGUCAAAUACGGCGGCCACGAGUCUGUCAAUGUGUGCAAAGUCCUCAACACCACCACCAUCAGUUGCUUCGCCCCGUCUCUGCAGUCCGAGGACGACGGCGACCGGGAGAGUGUGAAGCGCGUGGACGAGUUCGGCUUCCUUUUUAACAACGUCCAAGCCCUGCUGACCUACAGCAACAGCAGCCUGGUCUACUACCCCAACCCCUACCUGGAGCCCCUUAGCCUCUCAGGCAUCCUGGAGCAGAAACCUGGCGCUCCCAUCAUCCUAAAGGGCCGUAACCUGGUACCGUCGGCGUCGAGCGGGGCCAGGCUGAACUACACGGUGCUGAUCGGCGACACGCCCUGCUCCCUCACGGUGUCCGACACACAGCUACUCUGUGAGCCGCCCAACCUUACCGGCCAGCACAAAGUCCUGGUCCAAGUGGGAGGACUGCACAUCUCUCCGGGAAACGUCCACAUCCGCUCCGACAGCCUCCUCACACUCCCGGCCAUCAUGAGCAUCACGGCCGGGGGAGGGCUGCUUCUGGUGGUGGUGGUCCUCGUCCUGCUGGCCUACCGGCGGAAGUCGCACGAGAACGACCUCACUCUCAAGCGCCUGCAGCUGCAGAUGGACAACCUGGAGUCGCGCGUGGCUUUGGAGUGCAAAGAGGCUUUUGCAGAGCUGCAGACGGACAUCAACGAGUUAACAAGCGACCUGGACCGUGCCGGCAUCCCCUACCUGGACUACCGCACUUACGCCAUGAGGGUUCUGUUUCCUGGCAUCGACGAUCACCCUGUGCUCAGAGAGCUGGAGGUGCCGGGCUGCGGACAAGCGAGUGUGGAGAAAGCCUUGAAGCAGUUUGCACAGCUGCUGAACAACAAGGUGUUCCUGCUGACCUUCAUCCGCACGCUGGAGUCGCAGCGCUCCUUCUCUAUGCGGGACCGCGGCUACGUGGCCUCGCUCAUCAUGACGGCUCUGCAGGGGAGGCUGGAGUACGCCACGGACAUCCUCAAGCACCUGCUCUCAGACCUGAUUGAACGCAACCUGGAGAGCAAGAACCACCCUAAACUACUCCUACGAAGAACAGAGUCGGUGGCGGAGAAGAUGCUGACUAAUUGGUUUGCCUUCCUGCUCCACAAAUUUCUCAAGGAGAGCGCUGGCGAGCCCCUCUUCAUGCUGUUUUGUGCCAUCAAACAGCAAAUGGAGAAGGGACCCAUAGACGCCAUCACCGGCGAAGCGCGCUAUUCCCUCAGUGAGGACAAACUCAUCCGGCAGCAGACGGACUACAAGACACUGACUCUGAGCUGCGUGAACCCCGACAACGAGAACAGCCCCGAGAUCGCCGUCAAGGUGCUCAACUGCGACACCAUCACCCAGGUGAAGGAGAAGAUCCUGGACGCGGUCUACAAGAACAUGCCCUGCUCUCAGCGGCCCCGGGCUGCGGACAUGGACCUGGAGUGGCGGCAGGGCAGGACGGCUCGUGUGGUCCUUCAGGACGAAGACAUCACCACCAAGAUCGAGGGCGACUGGAAGAGGCUCAACACGCUGCUGCACUACCAGGUGACCGAUCGCUGUGUGGUGGCUUUGGUGCCCAAACAAAUGUCGUCCUUCAACAUUCCGUCCUCAGCCAGCUUCCCAAGAAGCAUCAGCAGAUACGGUGUGGACGUGCCCUUCCGCUCCACGCCCACCAGUCCCGACAGCCCCCACUCCCGUGUGCCCAUGCUGACCCCCGACCUGGAGAGCGGGGUCAAAGUUUGGCACUUGGUGAAGAACCACGAGCACGGCGACCAGAAGGAGGGCGAGCGAGGCAGCAAGAUGGUGUCAGAGAUUUACUUGACUCGGCUUCUGGCCACCAAGGGCACGCUGCAGAAAUUUGUGGACGACUUGUUUGAGACCCUGUUCAGCACCGUGUGCCGAGGCACCUCCCUGCCGCUAGCCAUCAAGUACAUGUUCGAUUUCCUGGACGAACAGGCCGACCGACACGACAUCCACGACACCGAUGUCCGCCAUACUUGGAAGAGCAACUGCCUUCCUCUACGCUUCUGGGUGAACGUGAUCAAGAACCCGCAGUUUGUGUUCGACAUCCACAAGAGCAGCAUCACGGACGCUUGCCUGUCCGUGGUGGCCCAGACCUUCAUGGACUCCUGCUCCACCUCGGAGCACCGCCUGGGGAAGGACUCGCCCUCCACCAAGCUCCUCUACGCCAAGGACAUCCCGCAUUACAAAAGCUGGGUAGAAAGGUACUACGCCGACAUCAGCCGCCUGCCCGCCAUCAGCGACCAGGACAUGAAUGCCUACCUGGCCGAGCAGGCGCGCCUACACUCCAGCGAGUUCAACGCGCUCAGCGCCCUCCACGAGAUCUACACCUACGUGGGCAAAUACAGCCAGGAGAUCACGGAGGCGCUGGAGCAGGACGAACAGGCCCAGAAGCAAAAACUGGCAUAUAAAGUGGAGCAGAUCAUCUCAGCCAUGUCUGCCGAGAGCUGAGACGCACGCGCCGACAUACAUGCACGCACACACACACGCACACACACACACAUAUUCUUGUUUUUGUUGCCUUCUUGAGACCUCCGAAAAAUGCCUACCUCUUUAGGACCACCCUUUCUACAUAUAUAAAGAUUUGUAUUUACAACAUUAAUAAUAUAUACAUACUAUGCAAAUAUAAAAAAGUUUGUUGUGAAAAAUGAUAUGGAAUUUCACAAGAAAAAGGUCACAAGAAAAAGGUAGAAUUUUGGUAGUAUCAUAAAAAAUGUCAUAAUUUUACUCAGCGCAAGUCAAAAUUUUACAAGAUAUACUACACAAACUGAACGUUUGUGUAGUAUUAUGAUAAAAGUUGGAAUUUUACUCAAUCACAGUCGCAAUUUUACAAGAAAAGCUUAAAAUGUUGGCAAUUUUAUGAAAAUAGUCGUAACUUUACUCGAUAAAAGUCACAAUUUUAUAAGAGCAACAACAAAAUUGGCAAUAUUGUGAUAAAAGUCAGAAUUUUACUCAAAAAACUUCACUAUUUUACAAGAGCAACAACAAAAUUGGCAAUAUUGUGAUAAAAGUCAGAAUUUUAUAUGACAAAUGUCGCCAUUUUGCAUUAAAAAGUAAUAAUUUUACAUAAAAAAGUAAUAAUUUUGCAAGAAAAUAUUGCAAUAUUACAGAAACGGAAAGAAUAUGAGAAUUUGUUCCCAAUUUUAUAAGAAAAAAGUCGACCCACUGUGAGAAAAAUACUGCUUUUAGUUCAUUUUUAUUUUUUGCAUUUUUUGUCUGUAAUUGUUUUUGAAUCUUUAUUAUUUACUUCAAGAUAUUACAGUAUUUCUCUUUAUACAUAUUUAUUUUUUAAAUUUUGGCCAAAGGGGGUGCAUUUCAAUUUCUUACACACACUUGUUAUUACAUAUGUUGGCCAGAGGGGGAGCACUUCAAAUUUUUACACAUACUUGUUAUUUCAUAUGUUGACCAGAGGGGGAGCACUUUUAAAACCGACACACAGUGAAUUUGAAAAAUCCCUCCUUUUUGGGACCACCCUAAUUUUGAUAGAUUUCACCACCAGACUCUGCAGCAUCGCGUGGAUAUCGGGGACGGUACCUCUGGAUUGGCAGACCGGGGUGGUGGUUCCUCUCUUUAAGAAGGGGAACCGGAGGGUGUGUUCUAACUAUCGUGGGAUCACACUCCUCAGCCUUCCCGGUAAGGUCUAUUCAGGUGUACUGGAGAGGAGGUUAGGCCGGAUAGUCGAACCUCGGAUUCAGGAGGAACAGUGUGGUUUUUGUCCUGGUCGUGGAACUGUGGACCAGCUCUAUACUCUCGGCAGAGUCCUUGAGUGUGCAUGGGAGUUUGCCCAACCAGUCUACAUGUGCUUUGUGGACUUGGAGAAGGCAUUUGACCGUGUCCCUCGGGAAGUC